GAACUAUAGGACUUUGGGCACCGCUCAUUGGCAUCCAGUGAAGUGCACUGGCAUCCAGCACCGCACAAGCCACUUAUAACUGCAUUAUAUUAUUGUGAUGGAAUAUAGCUCUAGUCUGUGAGCAUCCACCAAGCUCUAUAGACAUGGGAUAUAUCCUCUGGACCCUGCUAUUUUCUAUAACAUAUACCACAAAUGCAAUGAGACACAGUGGUACAGAGGACAUUGGAGAUUACAUUGGAACUAAUCUUGAUAUAGCCUGGAUGCCAAGUUUGGAAGGGUUGAUGAAAGGAUAUGCAAGGAAAUUCCGACCCGGCAUUGGAGGUCCUCCUGUGAUCAUAGCUGUAGACAUUGAAGUGACCAGCAUUGACCACAUCUCUGAAAUAAACAUGGAAUACACAAUGACAGUGUUCCUACGUCAGAGCUGGAGAGAUGAAAGGCUUUCGUACAACCACACCAACAAAACUCUUGGCUUCGACAGCAGAUUUGUGGAGAAACUUUGGCUCCCAGACACGUUUAUAGUGAACGCCAAAUCUGCCUGGUUUCAUGAUGUCACGGUAGAAAACAAACUAAUCCGACUACAGCCAGAUGGUGUCAUCUUGUACAGCAGUAGAAUCACAUCAACAGUCUCAUGUGACAUGGACUUAACAAAGUACCCAUUAGAUGAGCAAGAAUGCAAGCUGGACCUGGAAAGCUAUGGCUAUUCUGCUGAAGACAUUCUCUACAACUGGUCAGAAACCCAAGAACAGAUCCAUGGACUUGAUAAGCUUGAGCUGGCACAAUUCACCAUUACUGACUACAAAUUCACCAAAGAAGUGAUGAACUUCAAAUCAGCAGGCCAGUUUCCCAGAUUGACUCUAUGUUUUCAGUUGAAAAGAAAUCGGGGGAUGUACAUCAUUCAGUCGUAUGUUCCAUCCAUCUUGCUUGUGGCCAUGUCAUGGGUUUCAUUUUGGAUCAGUCAGUCUGCCGUUCCUGCAAGAGUAUCACUUGGCAUAACUACUGUGCUUACUAUGACAACUCUUAUGGUCAGUGCACGUUCUUCACUUCCCAGGGCAUCUGCUAUCAAAGCUCUGGAUGUCUACUUCUUGAUUUGCUAUGUGUUCGUGUUUGCGGCGCUUGUAGAAUAUGCAUUUGCCCACUUCAAUGCCGAUUAUAUGAAGAAGGAGAAGAAGAUGGUGAAACCCAAGAGGAAAAGCAAGGUAACCCUCCAGGAUGGUAAGGACGCCAUUGUUCUAUUCUCCGUUUCAAUAUUGGGAGUCAAUUGUAAACACGUACAUAAAGAGACAAUAAUUCCAGGCACAAUAAGUGAUCCCCCAGAAGGCAGAAGACGACGUGAACUUACACCGGGAUACAAAGGAAGGCUGAAAAUUCACCUGAAACCCAUAGAUGCUGAUACAAUUGAUGUAUAUUCUAGGGCAGUUUUUCCAGCAACCUUUGCCGCUGUGAAUAUUAUUUACUGGGCGGGUUAUACACAUUAAGGGUAGAAUUUCAAAUAAAAUAUAUACAGAUUUAUUCACCAAUACAUACUACUCAUGAUUUCUGAAUACAGAUUAUAGAGCCUGGUAUUUUAUGAUUACAGUCUAUGCUAGUUAUUCAUAUAUAUAGAUAUGUAACCAUUAUUAUAGCAUAACUAUUAAUCUCUACAUUUACCUCCUUUAACAUUUCAGGCAAUAAGGUCAUUUAUGUAUAUGGUGUUUACCAGGAUAUAUUUGUAUAAAAGUAGCAUGCAGAAUAAAACUCUAAUACAGUGAA